CAUAACUCCAUACAGGAACACCAGUGGAUGUGUGUUGUGGUUGUUACAUUAUAUGUACAGGUCCAGUGAAGUUUUGGCUUAUUAUUUGCUUUUUGUUAUUUUACUCAGUGUUACAGUGAAAGGUGUUAAUCUUGAUUUAUGACUAGUGAGAGCAAUCCAAAUCGCUGUUUGGGUUGCUCCAGUAUAGCAGUCAGGAAAUCAAAACCAUUUUGGCCUGCUCCUAAACAAUGGCAUACCGACGACCUCAAAGAUCUAUUCGAGAGGCAUAUGAAGAGCGCUUCCCAGCAAGAGAGAUGCCAGUUCAGAGAGUUGUCAAUAUUGUUGAAAAGAGGUCCAUGAUGACUCGGCCGGAGGUGGAAUAUGAUAGAAGAUACGAUGACGACCAGUGGUAUGGUGGCUCUCGAAGUAGCCAGGAUGCAAGAGAAUACCGUGGCGAAGGCACAUAUUCAUCCAGCGACCAUGGAUACAGACAUUCUUCACCCACAGUAAAUGAGGAUCCCUACUACCAUAGUUCAAGUAGAGAUUAUGGUCAUUUAAGGCGUCAUGUGGAGAUAAGGAACAGUGACAGAGGCGGCCACCAUUUUCGCAAUAGAGGUCGUGGGUCAGCCCCUCCCAUGAGGUCAGACAGAAGAGACCAUAAGUUAAUGCCACCACUUCCAUAUCCAGACCGAGGUGAGGACCAUGAUGACUACAGGCGGAGAGAGCCCUAUGCCUCUGCUCGGGACCGUUCUCCUUUGAGGAGGGAGCCACACAUAACUCUUCGUGCAGGAUCAAACACCAGCAGUAAGAGCGAGUCCCCUGACAGGGACAAAAGCUACACCUACCAGCAGCUCCAGCAAAGGCGGUAUGAGGACAUGUGUGGCCCUAACACGAGUCUUGAUAAGCCCAGUGUGCCAGUUGGUCACACGUCCAAUGACUCUGUGGAGGGGUCGCCACACAGCUCAGCAUCAUCAAAGGAAAAAAACCCUGCAUCUCCAGCAGUGUUGCAGGAGGUGGUGGCUGCCAGCACAGACCCAAAGCUGACACCAGAGGAAGACUUCAAGGCCCGCCGGGCGCAGGCAAUUGCGGGUAAAGCUCUGGAAAUUGAAACGCUGUACAGACAGGACUGUGAGACAUUUGGCACAGUGGUGAACAUGUUGGUGGCCAAAGAGCCCAGUUUGGACAAACUGCUGCAAGCCCCUCUAAAGGAGAUCCUGUUGGAGAUAAAGCAGCGUUGCCUAGAUGAUCUCAGGCACUUCAUCGUUGAGCUGGACCACAUCAUACAGCAGCCUGAGGCUCCAGUGUGAUCAAGAAGUUGCCA